AUGCCGGUGCGCCCAGCGCCCGGGCCGCGUGCUGCCCACCCCAACGCACAGGCACGCAUGUCGAUGCCGGUGAACCCCCGGCCGGGGGCGGUGCGGCCUGCGCACCGUCCACUGGGGCGCGCACCGAGCAUGAGCGGCAUCGGGCACGCGGCGCGCGGCAGCAUCGCGCCCGGCGCCGGCGCACCGAUCCGGCCGCACCAGCGCUCGGUUUCGAGCGGGCGGCCAGUACGCCCGGUGCCAGGACAGGCGCCGCCAGUGCCUACCGUUCCCGGAGCGCCGGCCGCACCCCUCCCGGCGACGGCCGCGCGCCCGCCACCCGCCCCGGCUGCGCGCGCACCGCCGGCGGCCGGCGCAGCGACCUCGCCGACGCCCGUGCGUACGGUGCCCGCGACCUCGCCGCGGGGCCGCACCGCAUCGUCGGCGGCCGCACGCCGCCGCGCGUACCCCACGGCUCACUUGGUGGCGAACAGUGUCUCGUAUCCCGCCCAGACGCCGUCCACGCCGGGCGGCGACGGCGAAGUAUUUACACCUGCGGCGAUGGGCCAUGCGCCGAUGCGCAGCGUGAGCGGCCAGCUGCAAGGCAACCAGACGCCUUCCGUUGCGCCGCGCUCCAUGUCGAUCGCGGGCCCCCAGGCGACGGGCGCCGUGCCGACGAUCCCCCCGGUGCCCGAGGCGCCGAGUGCGCCCGAGGCCGUGCCUGCGGUUGCCGCGCAGAUGCAAAACAUGAGCGUGGGUGCGCAGCCCACCGCUUCUGGGCGCCAAGCGAACCAGCUCUUCAAUGCAGUGGUCGGUGCGCAGCCGGCCAACAUGGCGGAUGUGGACGUGCCGCCGCCUGCGAUCCAGCUGCCGCCUGGCUCGAUUCUGUCGCCGAGUGCGUCGAAUGCUGACCCGUCGUACCAGCGGUGCACGCUGAACGCAGUGCCGACCACGUCGUCGAUGCUGAGCAAGAGCAAGCUGCCGCUUGCGGUGGUGCUGAGCCCGAUGCGCAGCGUGCGCGAGACCGAGGGCGACGCGCCGGUGCCAGUCGUGAGCGACUCGGUGAUUGCGCGGUGCCGGCGGUGCCGCACGUAUAUCAAUCCGUUUGUGACGUUUGUCGAAGGCGGCCACCGCUGGCGCUGCUGCAUGUGCAACAUCACCAACGAGGUCCCGCAGCUCUUUGACUGGGACCAGGAGACGAACCAGCCGACGGACCGCUGGAAGCGCCCCGAGCUCUCCUCGUCCGUGGUCGAGUUUAUCGCGCCGCGCGAGUACAUGGUGCGCCCGCCGCAGCCCCCCGUUUAUGUCUUUUUGCUGGACGUGAGCCACGCAGCGGUGACCAGCGGCAUGGUCGCGACGGCCGCAGCGGCGAUCCUCCAGUCGCUCGACCGCAUCCCGAACCAGGACAGCCGCACGCGCAUUGCGCUCAUCGGCUUUGACGCGCAGCUGCACUUUUUCCGGAUCGCGCCGGGGAGCGAGGAGGCGUCGCUGCUGGUCGUCAGCGACCUCGACGACGUGUUCCUUCCGCAGCCCAACGACCUGCUCGUGAACCUCGCCGAGAGCCGCGCCGGGCUCGAGUCGCUCCUGCGCAACCUCGGCUCGAUGUACGAGCACGCGACGUCGCCGGGCAGCGCGCUUGGCGCCGCGCUCCAGGCGGCGUACAAGCUGAUCUCCUCGUCGGGCGGCAAGAUCGAGGUGCUCACGGCCUCGCUCCCGACGCUCGGCCCGGGCGCGCUCAAGAUGCGCGACGAUCCCAAGCUCUACGGCAGCCCGCGUGAGUCGUCGCUCCUCGCGGCCGGCUCGCCCUUCUACAAGACCUUCCCGAUCGAGUGCUCGCGCUCGCAGGUGUCGGUCGACAUGUGGCUCUUCUCAGGCGCGUAUACCGAUCUCUCGACGCUGGCGUGCUUGCCGCGCUAUACCGGUGGCCAGACCUUUUUCUACCCCAAGUUUGACGCCAAGCGGCCGCAGGAUGCGGAGCGCUUCACGAAAGAGCUCUGUGCGGUGCUCGAGAGCCCGGUGAGCUUCGAGGCGGUGCUGCGUCUGCGUGCGACGCGCGGCAUCCGGCCCACGUCGUUCUACGGCAACUUUUUCGUGCGCUCCUCGGACCUGCUCGCACUGCCGAGUGUCGCGCCGGACCAGAGCUACGUGAUCGAGUGCGAGAUCGAGGAGACGGUGCAGCAGCCGAUCGUCGUCUUCCAGAGCGUCGUGCUGCACAGCACCUCGACCGGCGAGCGCCGCAUCCGCGUCGUGACCCUCGCGCUGCCCACCACCAGCUCGCUGUCCGAGGUGUACUCGAGCGCGGACCCGGUCGCGAUCGCCGCGCUCCUCGCGAACAAGGCCGUGGAAAAGAGCCUGCACUCGCGCCUCGACGACGCGCGCGGCUACCUGCGCACGCGCCUCUGCGAGAUUCUGCACAGCUACCGCGUGACGAUGACCAACGCGCGGGGCGGCAACGCACAGCAGCUCACCAUCGCCGCGAACCUCGUGAUGCUGCCGCUGUUGGUGCUCGGCCUGCUGCGCACGCCCGGCCUGCGCCUCUCGUCGCAGCUCUCGCCGGAUAUGCGUGCGUACAGCCACACGCUGCUCAGCGCGCUGCCGAUGCAGCGCCUCGUGCCUUAUCUCUUGCCCGGCUUUUACUCGCUGCACAACAUGCCGCCCGCGGCCGGGCUGGUGGAUCCUACGACGCAGCUCCUUACGCUGCCUCCCCGCCUGAACCUCACGAGCGAGCGCCUGGAGCGCCACGGCCUGUAUCUCAUCGACAACGGUCUCGACCUGAUUCUGUGGCUCGGCCGCGCGGCGGUGCCCAACUUGACGAUGGACGUGUUCAACGCGCCAGACUAUGCGUCGCUUGCGUCGGGCAAGAUUACGCUCCCCGAGCUCGACAAUGCCAUGUCGAAGCGCGUGAACGCCGUCUUGUCGCACCUCGCGACGUCGCGCCGCGGUGCCAACGCGCCGACCGUCUACCUGGUCAAGGAAGACGGCGACGCGGCGAUGCGCGUCUGGGCGCUCUCGCACCUCGUCGAGGACCGCUUCGAGCAGACGAGCGGCUACCAGCAGUUCCUGGGCCAGAUUCGCGACAAGGUCGGGGGGAACUAG